UGUUCCAGUAUACUGUAUGUUAUGUUUCGCCUUUCUUAAACCCUAAUUUCCCAGAUCUCUUCGGUGCCUCCUUUAUUCCGUGGUUUGAAGGAGAAUAAUUCCCUGUUUCCUGUUCUCCUCUUCGGACCCUCGCCGUGACGAUAAUCUCAUCCAACGCUCUGUCCCCUCUGUUCCAGCACAAGGCAUCCAGCAGCCGCCCUUUCAGACCCUGUCCACGCUUCCUGGCUCACAUGAAGGCCUCCCCGGGCUCUCUGCGACCUCCCCGGCUUCUCAGCACCACCCCCAAACCUCCGGUUCGCCCCCCUGUGACCGGCCGGAGACCUGCCCUCUCCACACCGAGGACAGGCCCAGUGCUCAAUCCCAAAAGAGGCCUGCACCAAACCCAGAAGACAGCACAGAGUAUCCCCAUACAAGUCCCGGACAAGCAGCCCAGGUCUCCUGCUCCUAGCCCAGCCUCGUCUGAGGAAGACUGUGGUAGCAGCCCUGCACACGUUCAGGAGCCAGCAGGAGCCUGCCAGAGUGGAGGGCCACCUGAGGCGGAUGCCAGGGCUCGGGAAGAAGAACAGGAAGAGAAGACGAAAGAACAGGAGAUCCUCUGGGGCGGUCCUGACCCUGCUGAUGUCCACCCCUCACCUGGCGAUGUGGGCCCCACGAGGGGCGGCACGUCUCCCACCCUGUCGGACGCUGGGGGCUCACUGUCCAGCUUCAGCAGGCCGGCCUCCAGUCUGUUCAGCCGCAGCACCUCGCUUAGCAGCGGGAGAAGCUCUGCACUGUCUGGUACAACGCCACACCCCUCACCCCCGCAGUCCGGCCUCGGCAGUGCUGGCCGGGGAGGCAGCCCCGUCCUCUCGGGGCUCCGCUCCUCCUCCUUCUCCCGGGCCCCUGGCUGGGCUGCCGAUGUCCUGCCUCUGAGCCUGGGCCCCGGGGACCCGAGCAGAGGUAGCCGGAGGAGCAGGCCGAGCAGGCGGGCCGCGGGCCCUCCGGGGCCAGGAGCCUGCGCUGAGGGGACGCGCUCGCAGCCGGGGACGCCGCUCUCCUCCGCGGAGGAAACCUGGCCGGACCUGGAGCUCCGCCAGUGGCCAGUUCUCCCCCCCAUCUCCCCUCAAAGAGACUGCAGUGAGCUGGGAUCUCACCCCUCUCCAGACAGUGAUGUCCAGUCAGCCAUUUUCAAUGAACUGGAUGCCCUUGUCCCAAGAACAGGUUCGACUGUGUCUCUGGACCACUCCGAUAGCUUUACUGGGGGACGCAGCUCACCUGACACAGAGCUGUCAAAGAGGACGUCUUCUCUGACUCUGGGCAAUGGGACCGAAGCAGAAUCGUUGUCUCAGGUGCGCCUCCUGCUGCUGGACCAUCGGAGCUGGCAGGAGCCCCACCUGGACCCCAGUCCACUGCACAGGGGAGACCUCCUCGCAGGCUCCGCGGGGUGCCAUGCUGCUUUUGGAAAUGGAGUCCGUGAACAACACAAGGGCCUCACAUUUCCAGGCUUCCCGAAUUGCCACACACCUGCCUUCCCUGGAGAGCCCAAGCUGGUGAAUACUUUUGCAAGUAAUGGCAGAGAUGACCAGCAGAGUAUUUGCACAAUGAAUGUCUCUGAGGUCUGCCAGAUACUGGCACAGUAUCCAGUUGUGUAAUAUCUUCAUGAACUGUGAG